ACCCCUAUAAAAACGCCGACGUAGCCUCUCUAACCCUUUUAGAUCUCUCUCUCUCAUCUCCCUCUCGUGCCACCAACUAACAUUUUUUCUCUCCUCUUCACACACACACACAAACACAUAACACUCACGUUAGCAAUGUCAGCCGCCGCUUCUUCCGCUAUCUCCCUGGCCACCACCAACCCCCUCAAGAGCCUCUCCCUCUCUUCCAGAUCGUCUCUCCCCUCCGCCUCCUCCAUCUCCUUCCCUUCCCGCAGCGACCACCGGCUCGUCCUCGUCUCCUGCACCAACACAACCGGUGACGAAUCCAAACCAACCAUCCUCGUCGCGGAGAAGCUCGGCGACGCGGGAGUGAAGCUCCUCGAGGAAUUCGCGGACGUCGACUGCUCUUACAACAUGACACCCGAGGACCUCAACACCAAGAUCUCCCUCUGCGACGCGUUGAUCGUUAGGAGCGGGACCAAGGUCGGACGCGAGGUGUUCGAGUCUUCUCGUGGACGUCUCAAGGUUGUUGGACGCGCUGGUGUUGGGAUUGAUAACGUGGAUCUGAGAGCAGCCACGGAGUUUGGUUGUCUUGUCGUUAACGCCCCCACGGCGAACACGAUCGCUGCUGCUGAGCAUGGGAUCGCGCUUUUGGCCGCCAUGGCUAGGAACGUUGCUCAGGCUGAUGCGUCUGUUAAGGCUGGGGAGUGGAAGAGGAACAAGUACGUUGGUGUUUCACUCGUCGGCAAGACUCUUGCAGUGUUAGGAUUCGGGAAAGUUGGGACUGAAGUCGCUCGUCGUGCCAAAGGACUUGGCAUGCGUGUCAUCGCUCACGACCCCUACGCGCCAGCAGACCGCGCACACGCCAUCGGUGUCGAGCUAGUUGGCUUCGGAGAAGCACUCGCCACCGCUGAUUUCAUUUCUCUCCACAUGCCUCUCACGCCGGCGACGUCGAAGAUACUCAACGACGAGACCUUCGCCAAGAUGAAGAAAGGAGUCCGCAUCGUGAACGUCGCUCGUGGAGGUGUGAUAGACGAAGACGCGUUGGUGAGGGCCCUUGAUGCUGGUAUCGUUGCUCAGGCUGCGCUCGAUGUUUUCACCAAAGAGCCGCCGGCUAAAGAUAGUCCUCUGGUGCAGCACGAGAGGGUCACCGUGACGCCUCAUCUUGGAGCAAGUACGAUGGAGGCUCAGGAAGGUGUUGCCAUCGAGAUUGCUGAAGCUGUUGUUGGAGCUUUGAACGGAGAGCUUGCUGCUACUGCGGUCAACGCGCCUAUGGUUUCUGCUGAGGUUCUGACGGAGCUUAAACCGUACGUGAUGCUAGCUGAGAAGCUAGGGAGACUAGCGGUGCAGCUGGUGGCUGGAGGAAGCGGCGUGAAAAACGUGAAAGUCUCGUACACGUCGGCACGUGCCACUGACGAUUUAGACACGAGACUUUUACGGGCCAUGAUCACGAAGGGAAUCAUCGAGCCGAUCUCUGACGUAUAUGUCAACUUGGUCAACGCUGAUUUCACAGCUAAGCAGAGAGGUUUGAGACUCUCGGAGGAGCGUGUGCACUUGGACGGGUCACCAGAGAGCCCGUUGGAGACGAUAACCGUGCAGCUAGGGAACGUGGAGUCGAAAUUCGCGAGUGCCUUGUCUGAAUCAGGAGAGGUCAAAGUGGUGGGAAAGGUUAAAGAUGGAGUCCCGCAUUUGACAAAGGUUGGAUCGUUUGAGGUGGAUGUGACUCUUGAAGGUAGUAUCAUACUGUGCAGGCAGGUGGAUCAACCAGGUAUGAUAGGGACGGUUGGGAGCAUUCUUGGAGAGUCUAACGUCAAUGUUAACUUCAUGAGUGUUGGAAGAAUCGCACCGAGGAAGCAAGCUAUUAUGGCGAUUGGUGUAGAUGAUCAGCCAAGCAAGGAGAGUCUUAAGAAGAUUGGUGAAAUCCCAGCGGUGGAGGAGUUUGUUUUCCUCAAGCUCUAGUUUUGGUGUGUUGUUUUGAUUAUUGAAUGUGAGGAUAUGAUGUUGGAGGAUUUUUCUUUUGUUGGGUUUUUAGGCAAUAAUGUUAUCUUGGCUUUCUUACAGUUUUGGUAAUGUUUUGAGACUUGAGAGAGUAGUGGUCUCUUUGAUGUUUUCAACCUCAUGGUUCAGAAAAAAAAAGAAAAACAAAACUUCAUGGUUC